AUGCCCAUGACUGACGAGACUGAUCAUAGCGGCGGGGUCAUUCUAGAUGGCCCCUUUGAUCCAGAUGCUCAGGCGACAGUCACUGACUUCAUUGAUUACACGGAAUACCUCCCUGCCGACCUCAUGCGUUCGUUGACUCUCAUUCGCAAUCUGGAUGAGCGAUAUCUCGACUCGGCGCAAGCUGUACACAACCUGACUCGGACCUACGGCCAGCUCCCUAACCUUUCUUCUGAUGAGCGCCCGAGUGCAAUUGCUAUUCGCGCCCAAAUAUCUCAGCAGCUGGAUCGCGCCAUCAACGCCCGCGAGUCAUCAUACUCAGAAGCUUCCCGCAUUUACGAUGUUGUGGAUCGCCACUUUGAUCGCCUGACAAACAUACGCCAGAAGCUUGUAACCCUUCCCGAUCCACCUUCAAAGGAACCAACACCGCCGCCGCCAGACCCCACGAAGAAGCGCUCAGGUAAGAAAGAUAGCGCGGCUACGCCGCGUCUAACCCUCACACUUGAUAAGAAGAAGCCGGGAUCGCGACGAUCGGAUCCUGCAGCAGCCGCGCGAUUGUCAGGAUUCAAUCCCGAUUCGCCAAUCGCUAGUACUGAACAGUCUGAUGCGGAGGGCGAAGCAACCGUUGCUAAGCUUGCCAAAUCAUCCAAGCGCUCAAAAAAGGACGCAGCCCGGCGACCUCGACCAAACCCAGCCGCUGGAUUCUCAACAAGAGAUGCUCUGGCAUUACUCAAGCCACCUCCGGAUGAUGCACAGGUGGGAGAUGUAGACUUGCCGUGGAUCAGACUGACCGAGUGGGAGAUGACUAAACUGAGAAAAAAGAUGAAGAAGAACGCCAUUUGGCAACCAAGCGAAGUUAUGAUCCAACGUGAGCUGUCACUCUCCGGUCGAGGAUGGGAAGCUUAUCGCGCCGCCAAAACCUUGGCUGAGGAGAACGGUACUGAUUUUAUCGAUUGCGACAACAUCGAAGAGACGCAACGCGGCAAAGCCGCAAAAGAGCUGGAUCAGACCAAAUUGAGCAACCGGGGAAUGAAACUCAAUGAAGCUAAGAAGCUAAAGCGCGAGGCGCUUGCGCGGGAAGCAGCCGCUGAGGCAGUCGCUGAGGCAGUCGCUAACGGAGAAAUGCCUGCUAAGCCGAUGAUUAGCCCUGUUCAAGGUGUUUCGAUAGCCAGGCCAUCACGAAAGAGAAAGGCAGACGAUGUUGCGAUUGAAAAGAUAGAGGAGCCGGUUCUUGUGCCAGAGCCUGCUCGGCCUUCCUCCAAGGGCGCAAAACGUCGCAAAUCUAGUCGUGGAACGGGCACCGAAGUCGCGGCGGAUGUGCCUGAAGCUCCCAUUGCUACAAUUGGCACCGAACCAUCUGGCACUGACUCCAAAGUAGUGCCAAAUCUGCCUUCGCCGACUGGAUCACGACGAUCCACUAGAUCGAUCGUACCGCCCAUUCCUGCUUCUACUAACACGCCCCCUGUCACUCGCCCCUCGUCCAGACGUUCUGCCGCUGGUAUACCAACGGAGCUGGGUGGAUCAGGAGGAAUGGCUCCGGCUGCUAUCCCUAGUGGACGAGAGUUACGCGUCAAGAGCGCCACUCCCGCAAGUACUAUUGCUGUCCGAGAAGCAUCACGUGCGCCCAGUGCUUCUGUACAGAACCGUCGACGCAAGAGACCUGCACCGGGUCCCGUUCUAUCUGGACAGGAUGGCGGCGCGUCAGUAAGCUAUGGACGUCGUAAGGCCAAGCCAGGCAAGAAACGUCUCAAUGUUCGCAGCUCGCAGGACGUGCGUGUCGACGAGGACGGAGUUCUUGAGCAAAUCGAUGCCAAUGAGCCACGUUAUUGUCUCUGCGGAGAUGUUAGCUUCGGAACUAUGAUUUGCUGCGAGAACCCUGAUUGUGAUCGUGAAUGGUUCCAUCUGGAUUGUAUUGGCCUUACCGCAGUUCCUUCACGCACAGCUAAGUGGUAUUGCCCUGAAUGUCGCAUCAAGCUCCACACGGGCACUGAUGGAAUUGUCAAUGGUGGAUCACGACGCUGA